GACACAGAGAUAAAGCAGAUGCCACCGAGGAUGGGGAAAAUGAAAGAUCUGCAAACAUUAAGAGGUAAGUUUGUCCUAGACAAAAAUACUGGUGGUAACAUUGCAGAGAUUAAAGAGCUUGAGCAGUUGCGAGGAACACUUAUUAUCUCUGGGCUUCGCAAUAUUGCGCAUGUGAGGGAUGCCAUGGAGGCUAAUAUGAGGAACAAGAAGCAUUUGAAUGAGUUGGUCUUGGAAUGGGGAGGAAAUGGUGAUACGAACGAUACAGAGAAAGAGAGAGAUGUGCUGGACAACCUCCAACCUCAUACAAACGUGAAAGAACUCAGGAUACAAUCAUACGGGGGUACAAGAUUUCCAGGUUGGUUGGAACAUCAUUGUAAUUUGGUUCGUCUUCAUCUUGUGGAUUGUGGAAAUUGUUCGUUCUUGCCGUCAGUUGAGCAGCUACCCUCCCUCCAGGAUCUUCAAAUUGAAGUAUUUAAUGGAGAGGUGACUUUGGUAUCUAAGCCUUGUCCUAAUCUUCGUAAGCUGAGUCUGCGGUCUUGUCCCCAGCUAACCGGGACAUUCAUGUUAUCCAACUUCCCAAAGCUUGAAAGCCUUUACUUGCGUGAUGUCAAUGUAGCAUCUCUUCAUGCCCCUUCACUCCUCGCCCUUGUCAGUAUUGAUAUAUAUAAUUGCCCAAAUUUUGUUGGUUUUACCGAUGGGGGGCUGGAUGCGCCCAAUUUGGAGACCAUACAACUCGAAAGCUGUUGGAAACUGAGGUCAUUGCCACAACACAUGCACAACCUUCUCCCAUCUCUCAGGACGUUGUUCCUAUCUGAUUGUCCGGAAUUGGAAUCAUUUCCCGAAGGAGGAUUGCCGUCUAAGUUAGGAGACUUAGACAUCUGGCGUUGCAAGAAACUCAGUGGAAGCCGCAUGCAGUGGGGUCUACCAACACUCACCUCUCUCAGAUCCUUGAGCGUCAACUUCGAGGGAUGUGAACAAGUUGUAGAUUCAUUUCCAGACGAGGGGCGGCUGCCCACCACUCUCUCACGACUCAACAUCGACGGAAUUUCGAAGCUGGACGGCAAGGGGUUAGGACAACUCACCUCUCUUAAACAGUUGGGUAUUGGUGAUUGCCCUCAACUCCAGUGCUUGCCAGAUGAAGGGCUACCCGCUUCCCUUUCUUGUCUGAACAUUGCUCGUUGUCCUUUACUAGAACAACGUUGCCAGAGAGACACCGGGGAAGAUUGGCCCAAGAUCGCUCACAUCAGCACCAUUUAUGUCGGGAGCCACCGUAUAUGUCGUGCCAUGGGAACGACAAUUAUACACCGCAUCCACUGCAUCCAGGUGCGCCGCGCACCCGGUUUCUUCACCGUCAGAUUCUGACACGUGGAUAAGUCAGAUAUUGACUAUGUUAGAUGGCGUUAAAUGGCUGUUAGGGUUUGUUUGGGUAAAAAUACUGGGUGUGAGAGAGUAGAAAAGGUUAAGGGAGACUCAUUUCGAGCAGCAGUCCCCCUUCCUUCCAAGUUUCAUCAAAUCGUCUAAACUUUCAAAGCACUGAAGAUUGAGCAGCGAUUGGUGUUGGUGCUAAACCGAUUGGAAGAUAUGGAGUUGUAGACUGGCGGAGAUUGGUAAACCGAUUGAGUAGCUCUGAAGUAAGAACAAAGCAUCAGGGAGACGGAGAAUCGUUGUAAGUUCUUGAAUUGAUAUCAUUAUUCGUUUUGG